AUGACUGAUACGUACGUACCGGGGCUGGAGAGGCGGAGGACGGAGACGGGGAGGGGCUUGACGUGGACGACGGUGAUCUUGAAGGCGGGGUCGGCGGAGGCGGGCACGAAGAGCCCGUAUUCGGAGAGAGCACACUUUGACUCAAGUUGCCGCUCCUUCAUUAGAUCCUGCGCUCCGCAGCAUGCAGCAGCUGCUGGAUUGAUGCUUCCCCGGCGAUACCCGACGGGGCCUCAAAACCCUAGCUUUCUCUCUCCUUCGCCUUCUUCUUCAUCCUCCUCGUUCCCCGCCCCUCCUCCCUUGUUCCGAUCCCCACCGUCAUCUUCUUCCGCUGCGGAGGUGGCGGCCGACGAGGAGGAGGCCGAGGCCCUCUCCGUCUCCGAUCAGAGGACCCUCUAUCUCGUGAACAUCUUCGUCGGCAACACCGCCCGAUUCCUCAACUCCUUCGCUUCCCUCUGCCAGCACAAGCUCGCUCACCUCCACAGAUUUUUCCCCCCUCAAAUUUCCUUGUGGUUGAUUGAUAUUGGUGUGACCUUGUUCAGUAGAAUUGUGAGAUUAGAUGCGUCCCUUACUCUUCUGGAGUCCAAGCUCAAGAGAACGUAUCCCUGUCAAGAUGUCGAGGAGACUGGCGGCUUAGAAGCUACGACUCUGUCAAGCCAUCAUACUAGACAAAAUGUACAGUCACCUGAGAGAACAUUCGGUCCAGCAUCUGGGCCGGGUGAAUCUUCAGGGACAGCUGCUGAUGGCUAGAUUUUUUUCUGUAGCAGUAACACAUAUCAACUGCAUCAGUGUCUCACCAACUGUACACAAUAACCAUUGAGAGGAUUAUCAACAAUGGUGGAAACAUCGAUUUUAAACAUCCCACAACACUGGAAAAGUUAUGUUCGGAAACCUGCUGUUCUGUGAAUCCAAAUGGUGUGAAAGCUACUGAUUAAACAGAAUGUUUGGCAGCAAAAGAAUGGAUUAUGUUCGAGGAAAGCAGCUCUCCUACGAUUCUGCUGUAGGAAAACUACUUUUGUGGAAUGAAAACACCUUAUUAAUGCGAACUCUCUUAUGUGCAUGUGGCUUGCCAUUGGAAUUGAGCUCAAUGAAAUAGUCUGUUUUACUGUGUAAAAGUAUUCCGAUCUUUGUGCUUUCGGUAGUGCUACUCAACAUAUUAUUGGA